AUGGAUCCCGUGGUCUCCCUAACGCCUCACUACAUGGUCAAAUCCAAGUCACCUGUCGAUGCUGGUCAAGCUCCCAACGCCUCAUACAUCAAGUUCGACAUUCCACCGACAGACUCUUUCAGGAAGAACGAAGAAGAGCGUAUCUUCACGUCUUUCAAGGAGAGCAUGGUGCAAGUAUGGCAAGGUCCUGGUAAACUCGAUUUGACGGAUGGCAUGGGCAAUCACGUCAACGUCGAUACCGUCAAGGGCUUGCCUCCGCGACCAUUUGAAAUGCCAGACGGCUGGAAUCAGGUCUUUGGCAUCGAACGCUUCCGAGUCGCCGAAGGAUUGUUCGACGCCAAGGCAGCACUCACCGAUGACAGCCACCCCACGCCUGACCAAAAGCACACCAUCACAUCAAUGGUCCAGGCUGCUCUGUCUGCUGUGGAUGUCGAAAUCAGACCAACGCUGCUGAACAACAUUGUCCUCACUGGAGGUGGCAGUCUGCUCGAUAAGCUCGCAGAACGUCUCCACGGCGAGCUCUCGGCACUAUACCCCAACCCUCGCGUGAGAGUUCAUGCUAGCAACAUUGUGACUGACAGGAAGUACGGAUCAUGGGUUGGAGGUAGCAUUCUCGCAAGUUUGGGUACUUUCCACCAGGUAAGCCUUUUCUCAGUUCAUACUGCCUGA